UUUUGUGCAGACGUCUACCGUCACCCGCUUUCUUAAUUUUUUUUGAUGAUAUAUCAAAGGUAGAGCUGGUGCUGGGCCUGGGAGUCGAGCGGGGACUUCUUUACGACGAAGGAGAAUGGAGAGGAUGUCGACAAGAUUCCGAUCCAUCAAAAAUCCCCACCCACCUUCUUCCCCGGCCGAUAAAAGGAAGGAAGAGACCGCUUCCUCUUCCUCCUCCCCUGCUCUUCCUCAAAAGCAGAACGGAGGAACAAAAGAUCCCGAGACGAAACGAGCAUCCGCGUGGUCCGUCUAUUUGAUCGUUUCUUCUCGACUGCCCAAGACCUAUGUGGGGGUCACCACCAAUAUCAUUCGCCGUUUGAAACAACAUAAUGGUGAAUUAAGGGGUGGGGCAAAAGCAUCUUCUUCAGGAAGGCCUUGGGUUCUUGCAUGUAUCAUCCAAGGAUUUAAGGACCAAAGUGAAGCUUGUGUAUUUGAAUCAAAAUGGAAGGGCAUUUCACGAAAAAUGCCACGGAAAAAGAAGGAAGGCUGUGCCUUAAAUUCAUUGUUGGAACACCGUGAAGCAGCUUUGAACAGACUACGAGCAUCAUUUGAUUGCAGCUUCUUACAAGUCGAAUGGCAAUCUAUCUCAUCUUGAUUUACUGCUGCACUGAGCAAUACAUGGAAUUUUUCUGGAAAGAAUUUGUUAAUAUUUAUUUAAUAGAGUACCUGGGAGAGUCUCAAUUUGCUCCAUUUGCAUUGGGAACGGAAAUGGCACUAAGAUGCAAAAAGGAGUCCAAAAAAGAAAUGUGCAACUCUUAAAUUAUUUUUUGCGAGAGAGAAUAUGUAAUUGUAUCAACAAAGAUUUCUUCAACUGAGCUAAAAUUUUAUGCGCUACAAUUGUGUCAUUGUGGAGGAUCCUUGUUGAUUUCUGUUAAUUGUGCUUGCCUAAUUGUUUUAUAUGAGGGGCCUUCUUGAUUUCCCAGUCUUUGCUAGAACUGAGAGAAUGCAUUAGCUAAUAGCUUGGUGGAACAAUUUAAAGGAUUGCUGUCCAUUAUGUAUUUGAGAACUUGAAUUUCUUCUUAUAUGCGUCCCUUCAUCUAAUAAAGCAAGUUGCUUUGGAACAUCUUUACUGAAAACAAAGCUGCAACAUGGAGGUCAUGUCAAGAUUGUUGCCAACAACAGCAAACAAGGUCAUCAGGAAUAAAAUUUACGUGGGCAUUACCCGGAAAUAUUUUUUCAUUUCUUCUUCCAUAACCAAAAGGUAAAUACUUCAGCUUUCAUUUUUAAAUGCAAAAAGGUUUUCUGACUUUAGUCAUUUGAUAUAUAUCUUGAUUAAAAUCUGCGACAACCUUAUGAAACGAAACUACUGCAGAAACCUAGUGCAUGGCCUGACUUAGUCCACAAAUAAAUUGUUGAUGCACGCCAUAUUAAGUUCCACAGAAACCUUAUGAAACCAAACUAAGCCUUGCAGAAACCUAGUGCAUGGCCUGACUUAGUCCACAAAUAAAUUGUUAGGUGCAUGGCAUAUUAAGUUCUACCCCAAAAAAAAUGCAUUAUCUAGUUAUCCUUUGUUUAACUAUGCAGUAUUCUAUGAUCUCGGUGCUUAUGGUGUUCCUUGUAUGAUGUUUUAAGCUUGAUGCAUCUGCAUGACUCUUUGAUUAUAAAUGCAUCUUUUAUGGAUCAUCCAAACUUAAGGGUCUUAUAAAUUCUACAGUGUCUUCAUUAGUUACAUGAUCAACGUAAAUUUUCUGGAAUGAAGAUUGCUCUUCCACUCCUGUAAGUUACAUGAGAUAUUUGAUAUUUCAUGCAUUGAUUGCAGUUAGAAGAAUGAUCUUCUUAUGCUGGACAUGGGAAAGGCUAGUUGUACCAGUUAGUUGGAACACCAUAAGGGAAAGAUUUUGUAUACAGCAGGACCAGUAAUGGAGUCACAGUUUUGGGACAGACAUCCUUAGUCAAAAUUAAUUUUAGAUUGAGGUCCAUAUUUAAGCUCAAAGCAAGGAUGAGUGCAGAAAAGUUGGAGUUCAAGUAGACUGAGCAAUGUCAGAAUGUUAGUACUCUAUAUUGUGGGAGGCUAAUCAUUGAUGUUUUAAGAGUGAGGCUUUGCUAGUUCAUCUUGCCCAAGAGGACAGGGAAUACUCUUUAGCAAUCAGAUAUGCCACCUCUCUGUCCAGCAACUGUCAGACAAAGUUUGAGGUCUUGGUCAGCUUUGUAGACGCUGGGACCAUCAGACCCAGAACGUGUUCCCCUACCUGAGAUUUUUAAGAGAAGCAUGGGGUUCAACCUGGAUGAGGUCCUGGAGGCCCAGUCCUUUGCCUUGAUACGGAGUUGCAAUGGAGACAACUAGCCGCUUAUAGCUGAGGGUGAUCCUCUCUCUACACUCCCUGGCCUUCAGCAAUGUCCUUUCACUGUUUCUCCUCUUCAUGCUAGCAGAAAUGGCAGCACAUCCUGAGUCCAGAGGACUGCAGUCUCUGAUCUGCUUGCCUGCAGUCUCUAGCAUGGCCUCUUGCUGUACAUUUUAAAGAAAAUAUGUUAAUCAGUUAAUUCACAUUAAGUACACAUUUUGAUAAAUAGGGCGGUAUCUCAUUUUUUUGAUGGUCUGGUAACAAAUGAUGUGUUUAUUUCAGAAUUUAGUGGUUA